CCGACGCCGCCGUCACCCUCGCCCGCAUCUCGCAGAGCGUUGCAUCGCCGUCGUAGACCCGCACCCCGGCCAUUGGACCCCCACGACCGACACAGCCGCUAUCGCACGCCCUCGCACGCCCUCGCACAACCGCUCACCAUGUCCACCUCCGUUGGCGUCAAUGUCCUGCGCUGGUCCGCUCUCGGCUUCGGUGUCUUCUACGGCGCCUACCACCAAAUGUCCAUAUCAGCCCGCGAGAAGCUGCAGGCCGAGACCAAGAAAUACGAUAACCACCAGUCGCUGAUCAGCCAGGCCAAGGCAGAGUGGGCCAAGACACAUCCCUCGGAACAGCCAAAGCCCGCAUCUGGCGCCAAAGCAGACCCCCAAGACCCAAACGCCGACCUGAACACCAUCCUCGGAAUCACCGACGGCAAAUGAACACCCUACGUCCCUUUAUUUGCAUGCAUAUACUACCGCCUCCCGAAGUAGAUGGAGAAGCACUAUAGGUGACGGAAAAGCAGCUGUCCAUGGUGGUGGUGCAGCAUAUCAGCCUCAUGUAUUUUGUACCUUAUGUACAGUAUAGACGGCGGUUGGUCACGAAU